GUCAAAAUAUAAUUGGAUGACAUUCCACGUAAGCUAUUUCAUCUAAAAAAUUAGAAAUUUGAUUAGAGAGGCCUGUACAAUAGAAAAUUCUGGUACGGCUUUUUCAUCUGUCAGGACUCGGCUCCGGAAAAUUCCAAUGGUCUGCAUCGUUUCAUUUUUCUUUACUUCUACCAGGUCGCAAACAAAUCCGGUCGGGAAUUCACCUCCGCCCAGAUUAGAAAUCUGACCAAUAAUCUCUUGGCGAAGCCGAGUGCAGCAUCUCUAUCUUUUGGACGGUUCUGGAAUUUUUCUAAGUCGGAAUUCAGCUUACGACCAAGAGAAGAAGUGUUCGUUCAAUUCAAGCAGCUCCUACAUCAAUAAAAUUGCUACCUAAUCUAUGAUAUUUUCCAGCUGUUACCACCAAAGAUACAGGUUGGUGUUUUCUCUGCUACUAUGCCCCCAGAUGCCCUUGAAAUCACCGGAAAGUUCAUGAACAAGCCUCUCAUGAUUAUUGUGAAAGGGUAUGAGCUCACACUAGAAGGUAUCAAACAGUUCUAUGUCAAUGCUGACAAAGAGGACUGGAAGCUUGAAACACUUUGCGAUCUGUAUGAGACAUUGGCCAUCACCGAGAGUGUCAUCCUUGUUUGUUAACACUGACAAAAUGCGUGGCCGUCACCAUACAAUUUCUGCAACUCAUGUAGACAUGGACCAAAAUACUAGGGACAUCAUCAUGCGGGAAUUUUGGUCUGGUUCAUCAAGAGUGCGUAUCACCACUGAUCUCAAGAUGGUCCAAUUCUACUUUUUGAAAUUGUUGUUGAUUUUGUCCUCUUGCACUGUAAGCUUCCAAGUAAAUUGUGGAUUUUUAGUGUUUGAGUUUGUGUUUUUUAUUUGAUUUGGUUUACUAAACUUGUUUUCUCAGUUUUGAGUUUUUUUUUUUAAAUGGAUCACUCCUUGCGAUUUAUUCGAGUUCAUUUUGGUAUUUUACAAGUGGAUACGUUGCAUGUAAGUUAAUUACCUCUGGGAGAUUUUUAAUUAGUUUCACGCACUCACCCUUGGUUG